AUGACACCGAUUCAAAUGAUUUGUUACAUCACUUUUCUAAUUAUCUUAUUAAUCCGUGAAGCUCAUACUGAUCUCAUCACUAUUGGAUAUUCACGACAAUAUGCUAAUGAUCAGCCUCUCCGUAAAUUUGUUGAUCAAUUUGGAUUAUCCUUCAAAAAGGAUGAGACCCAAAUAUUCUGGACGCAUAAAAUGGAAAAAUGGAAAGAUUUCUUGGAAAGUCACAUCGAAUACGCGGAAGUAAUACCUUGGCUACAAGAACAAACAAUAAUAAAUAUUUGUAAGAUGUGUGAUGGAAUGAACUUAGCUGAAUUCGCACUGCUCUACGACAUCGUUAAUACGACAAACAACGGCCUAAUUAUUAUUGACUCUGACAGCAAGUCAAGCGAUCAAAUUAACACUUUGAUGCGAACCUCAACUAAACGCAACCUCUCUACUCAUUCGACUGGGAAAGUUUCUCCAAUUAUUUAUUCCUCUAAUAGUAUAGUCAGCAACAACUGGUUACACAAACUGGAAAGAACAUGUUAUGCAACAAUUCCGUCAGUGCCCAAUCAUUUAAGACGUAGGAAUACUCUCUACUCUUUCAUGCCUCAAAUUUUCGCAUCCGCUACUGAGCACAAAUAUCAUAAUCGUUUUUAUCACAGCACGCAACAAACACGCGCAGUACACAAAGCACAUCAGGAUUCACGAAGUUACCAUGUGCUCAGCAAAUACCGAAAAAAGCAUCAUAUUUAUACUAAAAAGUAUAAACUUUUAAAGCUGCAUAGGGAACAGGCCAAGCGGAAGAUCCGAAAACAAGCAUCUGAUAUUUUGAAAGUGCCAAUUGGACGACGAAAGUUGCUUUGCAAAUAUCGGAAAUCCUGUUAUAACACAAGCAUUAUCCCAGACACAUGGAAUAUAUACAACAUUUUACCACGAUUUAUGGAUCCGCGUGAACAAAAAAAUUUCUCCGAGAAAGAAAUUAUAACCGAUAUAUAUACGAGGAAUGCAAAUGAAGAGAAAGAAGAAAUUAGCGAGGCAGAAUUGAAACUUCUGUGUCGCUAUCGUAAAUCGUGCUAUGAAGAAAUGGGCGCUAAGAUCGAAAAAAGUGCUUUGAAAGUUCAAUCAGGACCUAUUUUUUCUCGUGUUAUCACCAUUUUACCGGAAACUAAACAAAAAUCAACUAAAGAAAUUGCCAGAAUGGCCCUUGCAAAAGUAGAAGAAAAGGAAAGAACCGCAGCACUGCAACCUAUACCGAUGAAAGUGAUUAUUGAUAGAGAUCUCAAUCAAAUCGAGGAAAAAAUGAAGAAGCGUUUAGCUUGUAAAUAUCGAAAAUCUUGCUAUGAUAGUGGUGUUCCUCCGGAAAUUGAUGUGCCUUUCAACAAUUUAUUCCAAAAAAUCUACCAUUUUCUAAGACGACGAAAUCAACAGGCAGGCGUACAGGAAAUUAUUCACAAGGAAUUUAAAGAUUUUAAUGAUAAUGAAAAGAGAGUCUACUGUAAAUAUCGAAAGUCUUGCUAUAAUACUGCCCAAAAACCUGUAGUAAACCGUAGCCAAAUUUUUAAAUAUACGGAUACUGUUAAAAAGUAUGAAGAGUUGAUCCCUUUAAAGACACGUUGCAAAUACCGGAAAUCGUGUUAUGACACUGGAAUUUUACUGGACCUGAAGAAAAAAGUUGCCGAAGAAACGCAGCCAGUGGUACCAGUGCAAAUAGUUACAUCGUUGUACCACUUAAAAGCAUUCUGUAAAUACAGAAAAAGUUGUUAUAAACAAAAAGCUGAAGAGCAACAAAAUUUAAGUGUUGGACUACUUAAUGAAGCUAAAACACUUGAGAAAGAUGAAUCAGAAGCGAUUAAAUCAUUUCAAAAAGAAGCCAUACUAAAAUCUGAGAAAACAGAAGAAUCAAAUGUAUCCAAAAAAAUGGGAUCCGAGUUCGAAAUGAAGCCCAUGAAGGAAACUGGUAGUAAAAAGAUAAUCAAAAAAUCGAAAAUUUUUGUUCCUGAAUUAGAGGAGAAAAAAAUGGUGGCAGCAAUAGAAAACGAGAAAUUUGAAGAAACUGUGCAUAAAUCAAAGAAAAAGAAACCCAAAGAUCCAGUUGAAGAAACGCCAAUCGAGCCGCCAAAGAAGGAUCAAAAGAUCGCUUCAUCAACAAUUGUGAAACGAUCGACGACAGAGAAGAGGGCUCUAGAAUAUAUAGGAUCUAAAAAAGAGAGAGUGAAAGCUGAAAAAAUACAGGUAGACAAAAAAAUUACAAAGGAAAAGAAAAUUUUAGUUAAAAAAGAAUUUGAAAAAGAACCACUACCAACAGCAGCGGAAGAAUCAUUACCUGUUAAGGAACUACAAUCAAUAUUCUUGCAAGCCGAGAACAUAACAUCUCUAAAGCAAGUGAAUAUCUACGACAAAAGCUUAAGUCCAUUAGCUAGCAAGCUCUUAUGCAAAUACCGUAAAUCAUGCUAUGAAAACGGUAAAUUGCCACCAAUCGAAACCGAAAAGACAAUCCUACAUGAUUUCCAAGAGAAGGAAGAUCACAGAUCACUUGAAAUACGAUGUAAAUACCGAAAAUCGUGCUAUGAAACGAAUAAGCUACCAGAAAAUCUUCAUGAAAACUUCAAGAUGAGAGAUUUGACCAAGAAAGAAUAUAUGACGGAAAAACAUACUCCAGAAGAACAUAUCCCACUCGCACUAAGAUGUAAGUAUCGAAAAUCAUGUUACGAAACCGGGGAAUUGCCACCAAUUGAAACAAACAGAUUUGGGUUCUCGACAAACCAAAUUUUCAACGAGUAUAAAGAUACACAAUCUACCGAAGAACUGAGUAAAGAACAACUAAAAUUACGCUGCAAAUACCGGAAAUCAUGUUAUGAAUCAGGUAUACUUCCGCCAUAUUUAAAUCAUACGGUAUACGUAGUAACUACUUCUAUCAAACAGCACGAGAACCCACAGCUAAAAUGCAAGUAUCGUAGAUCGUGUUACGAAAGCAUGGAAUUAGACAUAAAACUAGAUAAAGACCGUAAAAAGGAAGAGCACAAAAAAGUGCAGGAAGGAACAGUAAAAGAGCCGCACCAAACGGAAUCGAUUAUUAAACACAAAGAGAAAAAACAAAAGGAAGAGGCACAAGAGGAAAUUAUGGAUGAAGAAGGUAAACGAAUACGCAAAAAGAAAAAUAAAGAGUCUAAAUCUGAGGCUAAAGAACAGGAGUACAUGCAGAUAGAGCCGCUUGAUUCACAAUCACGACAAACAGCAACCACUCUACGACCAUUAAAUAGUGCGCAAAAGCUUAAAUGCAAAUAUAGACUAAAAUGCUACGAUGGUGUGCCGCUACACCAGGUUGCUGAAGAGAAAAGAAUCGAAAAGCAACGACAUUUGAGUAUUAAAGAUUUUCGUCGUGCAAAUGGAGCCAUUUGCAGUAUAUAUUAUAUAUCUUGCCGAAAACAGGCUGGUUUGCCUAUUUUUGAACGUGCACCGAUAGGGCCGAAUGGGCGACGUCUUUGCCGAAAAAAGAAAAAAGAAGAAACUAGUAGUUAG